CUCCCUCCUCCUCGCCUGCACCCGCCACUCCGGCGACCCCUCCGCCCUCCCCUCCCUUCCCUCCGCCACCCCGCGCCCUCGCCCUCGCCAUGGCCUCCUCCUCUGACUCUGGUCCCUACUCGCCAUGGCGUGGCACACCCUCGUCGACCCCGCGCUCUUCGCCGCCACCGCCGCGUUCCUCGCCGACUCGCCCACGCCGCUCAAGGCCCCGCCCUUGCCCCCCGGGGACUCGCGCGGCGUCGGCCGCCGCCGCAAGCGUUUCGUCCACCGCACCACCAGCUUCGACGACGUCAAGCGCGUCAAGAACGCCAUGGGCUGCACCGUGAAUAAUGUGUUGGUGGGAGUUACGUCGGCGGGCCUUUCUCGCUACCUCAGCAGGAAAUUUGAUGACGGGAAAAAGAGAGAAAAACUGCUAGCGAACCUUCGAGUGAGAUCGACACUACUCGUCAAUGUUCGAUCUACAGUAGGGAUUCAUGAUUUGGCGGAGAUGAUGAAGAGGGCGAAGGAUGGGCCGAAAUGGGGGAAUUGGAUCGUGCGACAUCUCGAAGGAUAUGUAGUAAAUAUUGCAGAAAAAUAAAUCUAUGCAUGAUACAAGGUAAGUUAUAAGGAACAAUACGCUUUGGAGAAACAUUUAGGGCCAAGUCGUAAUACGCCAAAAGGUCAGAAACCUAAGGAGCUAUCGCUCGGUAUUGAACCUCUUAAAGAUGGACCUUUCAAUUCAUGCAAUUCUCAAUAGAAGAUCCAUUACGAACAGUGAAUUUUCAAUAGAAGAAGGUUAACAGUAUCAAGAAGAUCAAUUACGAACAGUGAAUUCUCAAUAAAAAAAGGUUAUAGUUGUCGGAGAGAAAGGAAGGUUUGCGCAAAUCCAGAGUCAAUAUUUCAGGGUGACUCUUUUUUCGAGAGACCGCAUCGUCUUGUAAAAAGUAUUCGGACUACAACAAAAGUAAAAAAAAAUGGUCGCAUUGCUUUGUUAGAGGAAAACGUAAGCGGCAACACCAUUAAAGUUCCUACAGCGGCGGAGGAGGCACGCGUCGGACCGGUUCGAGUGGCUUCUUGUAGCUGAUUUUUAGCGAUAGGACAGAGGGUCUUCGGGGGAAUGAGAUGCGAUCCACCUUCUUCUUUUUCUCCUCUUUUUUGAAGAAGAUGUGGAUUGGAAAUGCCAUCGGCGGCUGAGGAUCAGAAACAAUUUUAGGUAAUCCUUACUAUCCAAUUUAGGAUGAUCGCAUUAUCCUUUGUUAAAAGCAUGUUCGGCGAGUUCGUUCAUCUUGCCAACACUUGGUAAGAUAUUGAAAUUUUUAAAAACAAUUUUAGGUAAUUUCAUUUUGAGCACUCGUGAUCGCGGGAAACUGAGACUAUCGUCCUCUCAUCCCCGAGAAGGGGGGCUGCGCCGCCGCCGCGGAUCAGAGGGCCGUCACCGCCACCGCCACCGAGGCUUUCAAUAUCUUACCAAGCGUUGGCAAGAUGAACGAACUCGCCGAACAUGCUUUUAACAAAGGAUAAUGCGAUCAUCCUAAAUUGGAUAGUAAGGAUUUACCUAAAAUUGUUUCUGAUCCUCAGUCGCCGAUGACAUUUCCAAUCUACAUCUUCUUCAAAAAGGAGGAAAAGAAGAAGAAGGUGGAUCGCAUCUCGUUCCCUUGAAGACCCCCUGUCCUAUCGCUAAAAAUCUUCUACAAGAAGCCACUCGAACCGGUCCGACGCGUGCCUCCUCCGCCGCUGUAGGAACUUCAAUGGUGUUGCUGCUUACGUUUUCCUCUAACAAAACAAUGCGACCAUUUUUUUUCCUUUUGUUGUAGUCCGAAUACUUUUUACAAGACGAUGCGUUCUCUCGAGAAAAGAGUCAUCCUGAAACAUUGACUCUGGAUUUGCGCAAACCUUCCUUUCUCUCCGACAACUAUAACCUUUUUCUAUUGAGAAUUCACUGUUCGUAAUGGAUCUUCUUGAUACAGUUAACCUUCUUCUAUUGAGAAUUCACUGUUCGUAAUGGAUCUUCUAUUGAGAAUUGCAUGAAUUGAAAGGUCCAUCUUUAAGGGGUUCAAUGCCGAGCGAUAGCUCCUUAGGUUUCUGACCUUUUGGCGUAUUACGACUUGGCCCUAAAUAUUUUUCCAAAGCGUAUUGUUCCUUGUAACUUACCUUGUAUCAUGCAUAGGUUUAUUUUUCUGCAAUAUUUACUACAUAUCCUUGGAGAUGUCGCACGAUCCAAUUCCCCCAUUUCGGCCCAUCCUUCGCCCUCUUCAUCAUCUCCGUCAAAUCCUACUUAUAUUGUAUAAACAAUAAUGAUUAGUUCUAAAGAUCCCAUUAUAACCUAAAAAAGGAAAAAGAAAAUGUAGGUUUAGUGAGAAGGUAAAGCACUUUCAUGGAUCCCUGCUGUAGGUCGAACAUUGACGAGUAGUGUCGAUCUCACUCGAAGGUUCGCUAGCAGUUUUUCUCUCUUUUUUCUGUCAUCUGUUUCACAUACGGAACAAUUACAUAGCAAAAUUUGCAAUCACACGAAGAAGAAGAGAAGACGAAGAAGAGCAAACUAGCAGUAAAAGUAAGAUUAAACAUACACAGCUAGUUACCGAACUUUUCACAAAUUAUGAUUUGAUCCUUAAAUUUUUCACUAAAAAGAUUAAUCAGUGUCUGCGCAGAACGCGUGACCGAUAGAAUUAUCGAAUGUUCAGUCAUGUCGAAUACACAAAUUGUCGAUAAAAUCGUCACUCCUGCAUAUUAUUGUUAUUCACAUGGCGAGUUCAUACGACCUACAAAUUGAAACCAAUGAUGGCGCUGCAAAGAUUGUGUGAGAUCAGGGAACUAUCUAUUAGAGCGAGAUGGAGAAAAGCUGUGAUGAGGACUAAAUUGCAUUAUCAAAACAAAACAAAAAUACAGGGAUUAUCACAAGAUUCAACACUGUAAUUACGUCGAACACCUUGUACUCACCAAAUUUCCUGCUGAGGUAGCGAGAAAGGCCCGCCGACGUAACUCCCACCAACACAUCAUUCACGGUCUAGGAGUAAACGAAGAAGAGAUCAAUCAAAUUUCGGAUCAAUCGUCGCGCAUUGAUCGCUCACCAACAAAAUUCGCAGUAAAGAGAAAAAGCCCUAGAUCGAGGGGGGGGAGGAGGGAAGGG